UGCUCAUAAAGGCCGAGCGGGCGAGGAGCGUUUCGGCCUUUAAACCCUAGGCGGCGGCAGCGGUCUUGUCCUCGUUCUCUCCACCCUCGCCGCGGGCGCCAAGGCUAUCAAAAUGUUCACUGCAAGGAAAAAGAUUCAAAAGGAGAAGGGUGCUGAGCCGACUGAGUUUGAGGACACUGUUGCACAGGCAUUCUUUGAUUUGGAAAAUGGAAACCAAGAGUUAAAGAGUGACUUGAAGGAUCUUUACAUCAACUCAGCAGUUCAAGUUGAUAUAGCUGGCAACCGGAAAGCUGUUGUUAUCCAUGUACCGUAUAGGCUUCAGAAAGCCUUCAGGAAGAUUCAUGUGAGGCUAGUUAGAGAACUGGAGAAGAAGUUUAGCGGGAAGGAUGUGAUUCUCAUUGCCACUCGAAGGAUAUUGAGGCCGCCGAAGAAGGGCUCUGCUGUUGUGCGCCCUCGCAGCCGCACUCUCACUGCUGUUCAAGAUGCCACGUUGGAAGAUGUGGUUUAUCCUGCUGAAAUUGUUGGAAAGCGCAUAAGAUAUCGUCUGGAUGGCUCUAAGCUCAUGAAGAUUUUCCUGGACCCAAAGGAGCGAAACAACACGGAGUAUAAACUGGAGACCUUUACAGGGGUUUACAGGAAGCUAUGUGGGAAGGAUGUGGUAUUCGAGUACCCAGUCACCGAGUCCGCCUAGAAUUUUUAUGAUGUUAAGAGUGUUGCUAAAUUUACGUAUCAGAGGACAAAUUUGUUCCUUUAAUUGUGCCAUUUAUUUUGUCAAUCGAAAGGUGCUUGGACCUCAUGAUGUUUAGGAAUUUGACAUUUUUCGAACGAGUUUAUUCCAUUUUAUUUAAGCUGGGAACCGAUAGGCGCAGCAAGCAACUAUUCAGAAAUUUGAUGUUUUAUUCUAUGAGGCAAAGUAUUUAAAAUUGUGUUAUCAUA